AUGGAAGUAGCAAGCGUUAGGAUAGAUUCGUCCUUAUUGAACGAGAAUCAAGGAAAAGUUGUUCGUAUUAUAGGUAAAUGUGAAUCUUAUGACCCAAGCUCAUCGACGGCCACCUUUAUUAGUGGUGGACCAAUUAAUCUUAAUUUGACCACGGGAGAAAGCUUGAACGUGAAUAGUAAGUACGAAGUGAUAGGCAAGGUUGGAGCUUCGGAUCAGAAUGUUAGUGUUUAUUCUGUGAUUGAAUUAUCUGAUAAUAUCAAUCUUGAAGUGGCCGAGAAGUUAGUGAAGUAUGUUCAUAAAGUGCCCGAGCUCUUUCAUUAA